CUUUUGAGUCAAGGUUUAUACAUAACAUACUUUAACUGCUGUAGAUCCAUCGUUCCAAUCUUCUUAGAUUCGCUUUUAUACUUAAUUUAAGUUCAAUGAUUGAGAAAAAGAGAGUUCAAGUUCUUCUCUUUCUCAUUGGCCUCCUUGUUCUCAGCCUCACCGCUGAAAAAUGCAGGGAGUUGGUUGGUCAAGAGGCUGCAUCAAAGAGUGGGGAUUUUACUUGGUUGCACUGUUUUGAUGGAAGUACGGGAAGUGUAGCAUGUUUAGUCAAGGAAGGUGUGAAGCUGUACUCUUAUAACAUCAGAUCUUCCCAUGUGGAGAGAGCAAGGAACUCAGCAAUCGAGACGGCUCUGGCUGAUGCUAUAUCACAAGGCAUGGCAGCAAAAGAGGCAGCUAAACUAGCUCAGAAAGAAGGAGCAAAAGCUGCAAAACUGGCUGUGCGGAAAACCAAGCGCAUUGUUGGUCCGAUUAUUGCUGGAGGGUGGGACUUUUUUGAAGCACUUUAUCUUGGGGGUACAACAACUGAGGGGGUAUUGAGGGGUUCAGGUACCUUGUUUGGAGCCUAUUGGGUUGGCUAUCUUGGGGAGCAGUCCAUGGGUAGGUUUGGUUACUUGGUUGGGAGCGAGUUGGGCAGUUGGGUUGGAGGAAAGGUUGGACUGAUGGUGUAUGAUUUAGUUAAUGGAGUGGAUCAUUUACUUGAAUUUCUCCAACUAAAGGAAGUAGAAGGCGAUGGAACGGUGUCUGAUGAAUUUUACGAGGAAACUAUAGCUGAAAGUUCCCAGGUCCCCAAGGACUCGUAUUACGGUGAAUCAACAACAUAUACAAGCUCUGAAGCUUCUGAAGAGUCUAGUAGUUAUGAAGCUCCUGCUUAUGAGGACCCCGAAGUCCACGAAGAAUUUUAGAUCGGAUGAAUUUCACGUUGGUCUUAUACAUGGUUUUUUUUAUAUUAUUAGACAUCAUUUGUCCUGUGCUUUGUCACUAUUUGUACAGGAGUGGAGGUUGUAUUUUAUUCUGUUAUAGGAAGUUUUAUCCCAUUGACUUGUAAAGUGACACACCAUAGUAGAAUUGCUUAGCCCACACAUAAUGAAUUUGGUGUAGUUUUUGAUGUAUUUCUGAUGACAGAAGGAAUUAUCCCUGUUCUUGAUAAAUGAUAAAUGGUUAUUGUUAGAUUUUAAAAGCAA